AUGACUGCUAGACUUGUGACUGCUUGGUGGGCAACUGUCUUUGAUUGGUUUGACCGUCACCGUCCGCCUACUUUUGACGGAACUUCUGAUCCUGUUGUGCUAGAAGGGUGGAUAAGGGAGAUGGAGAAGCAAUUUGAUGCUACUGGAUGCCCUCCUGCUGAAAUGGUGUCUAUUGGUACCUAUUAUCUGAAGAUAGAAGUUGAUAACUCGUGGAGGACUGUUCGUGCAAGCUGCAUGGCUACACCGGGAUUUGGAUGGGAUGAGUUUCGUGUUAAGUUGAAGGCGAGGUUUUAUCCUGAUGAGCUCCGUUGGCAGAAGCAGGAAGAGCUCUUAACUCUGUCUUAUGGUACUCUGAGUGUGCAGGAGUACACUGAUAAGUUCACCGAGCUAUCCCGGUUUGCUACCACAGUUGUACCUACCGAAGCUGAGCGGGUAAAAAGAUACAUCAAGAAAAUGGAUCCUAGGGUGAGGACCCAUGUUCUGAGUUCGGGUGCUUCGACUUUCCAGGGAGCCUAUGAGAUAGCUCUGAGUAUUCACGCCUCUUUGAAAGAGGCGGAUUCUGCUAAGGCUGCUGCUUCUAAGAAGCCUGCUGCUACCUAUGUUCAGUUCCCGGCCAAGAAGCCGAGGUAUGAGCCGUCUGGUCGAGGGGGUUAUCAAUUUGGUUCUGGAGCUGGUUAUUGUCCGAGUUUUGAUCCGAGCAAGUGUCGAAUCUGUGGUAAGGCUGCUCAUCCGGGGAAGAACUGUGAUAGAUCGACUGUCGUUUGUUUCUAUUGCAAGGAAGUGGGGCACAAGUCUUUACAGUGUUCUAAGAAUCCUAGAGCUCCGUCUUUUUCUGCUGGUCCUGCUAAACCAGUUAGUUCUUCUGCUCCUCGAAGAACAGGAUUUAUUUCCUUUGUUCGAAAAGCUAAUCUUUCCUCUAGAUCUCCUAUUAAGUCCCUAAUAUCUCUUCCGUCUGGUGAGAAUUAUCCCUGUCAUUCUGAGUUCAAGGGCGUGCCUGUCAGUAUUCAGGGUUCUAAGUUGUCAGCCGAUCUUAAGGAGUUUCCUAUGUUGGAGUUUGAUCUCGAGAGUAUUCCGGUAGUUCGGGAUUAUCCUGAUGUAUUUCCUGAAGAGUUGCCAGGUAUUCCUCCUGAAAGAGAUGUAGAGUUCUGCAUUGAUUUAGUAACGGGUACUGCUCCUAUAUCCAAGGCUCCGUAUAGAAUGGCACCGUCUGAAUUGCAAGAGUUGAAGACUCAAUUGCAAGAGUUGAUAGAUAAGGGCUUCAUAAGGCCUAGUGUUUCUCCUUGGGGUGCUCCUGUUCUGUUUGUCAAGAAGAAAGACGGGAGUAUGCGUCUGUGCAUCGAUUACCGUGAGCUUAAUAAGGAGGAUAUUCCGAAGACUGCUUUUCGCACCAGGUAUGGGCACUAUGAAUUUGAAGUGAUGCCUUUUGGUCUCACGAAUGCUCCUGCGAUUUUCAUGGAUCAAAUGAAUCGCUCUUUCCACGAGUACUUGGAUACUUGUGUGGUUGUGUUUAUCGAUGAUAUUCUCGUUUACUCUAAGGAUGAGAAGGAGCAUGAGAAGCAUUUGAGACUGGUGUUGGAUGUUCUGCACAAGCAAAAGUGGUUCGCAAAGCUAUCUAAGUGCGUGUUCUGGCUGAAGGAAGUUGAUUUUCUAGGGCAUGUAAUCAACAAGGAAGGAGUCAAGGUGGAUCCCGCUAAAAUCAAGGCUGUUGUCGAGUGGGAGAGUCCAAAGAAUAUGAUCGAGAUUCGAGUUUUCUGGAUAGCUCAACCUCUGACUCGCUUAGCGCAAGGACUGCAAGUUCUCUGGUCUGAGGAUUGUGAAGGGGCAUUUCUGAAGUUGAAAAAGAGUUUGACCUCUGCUCCUGUUCUUACCCUGCCAUCCGAGGGCAUUGGGUAUGAAGUGUUCAGUGAUGCAUCGAAGAAUGGUAUGGGUUGUGUUUUGAUGCAGCAAGGGAAAAUAUGGCGACACUAUCUGUAUGGUGUUCCGUGUAAGGUGUAUACUGACCACAAGAGCCUGAAGUACAUCUUCACUCAGCGUGAUCUUAACAUGAGGCAGAGAAGGUGGCUUGAAUUGAUCAAGGAUUAUGAUAUGACCCUGUAUUACCAAGAGGGUAAGGCGAAUAAAGUAGCGGAUGCUCUGAGUCGCAAGAGUAAGCAUUCAUUAAACGCUGCUAUGGUGGUGUCGCGUGAAUUGUGUGAAGAGUUUCGCAGGCUUGAUAUCGAGGUUGUUCCUCAGGGUUAUGUGUCUGCUUUGUUGGGUUCCAUGAGUGCUGAGCCUGAGUUGUUUCAGGAGUUAAGAAGCAAGCAAAAAGGUGAUCUGAAGCUAGAGAAGAUCUGUGAAGCAAAGGUGCAAGCUCGUGCAGAGAAUUUUGAGAUUUUUGCUGAUGAUAGCUUGAGUUUAUGGGGCGUUGUGUGUGCCAAUGAUGGUGAGCUUAAGUGA